AUGGGCACGGGCGCCAACGUCGACGUCAUUGUGCCGCACACCAUCAACUCAUACAGCGACGGCGGCGACGCAGAAGCAGGCUGCGCAACUUCCCGCACCUCAUCGAGUGGGGCGCGGGCCAAGUUCACGGACCUGUUUGUGAGCCCUGCGUCGCAGCUGCAGCAGUUCUUGGAGGAUCCUGAGGGAUUCACCUUGGGGCUGGAGACGAAGAUUGAGCAGCACGUGGGCGGCGAGCGGAUUGGCGCCCUCGAACGCGGCGUGGACACGCUCAAGGCCAUCAAGGACCUCGCCGCACAGCUGCAAGAGAAGCCGACGAUGGAGACCUGUGUGUCGCUGGCGUGGUGCGACUUCCACGCGUUUUCCCGCGACGUCAUUCUGGACCUCAUUGCCACCUUCCCCGCAGACGCAAAGACCAAGAGUGGAGAGCCCUUCUGGUCAGCCUACAAGAUCUUCCCCGAGGUGCUCGAGUUUGAUCCGCAGAAUCCGCUGCACAAGGCGUUUCUGAUUGCCGUCACCAACCUCGACGCACGUGUCUUCAAGGUGCACCCGACCAAGUACCCGAGUAAGGAGAACAAGCUCCACAUCAAGCGGUGA